GGGAACGGAGGAAAAUACUGCCGUUUGGUGAAUUCUUGUUGUAUAAAGCUGACCUCACGAAACUGACUAUAAGUUUUGUCUAUGUCUAUCUAUACUUAAUAUUAUACGACUAUUUAGCCAGUUAUGUAUGUUCUAGGUUAUCUUUAUCUAUUCUGUAUCAAUUUCUAGCUCUUCUACAUUAAGAUUUUGAAGCUACUCGCCGCUAAACAAAUUACCACAGUUCACAAUAACCUAUAGUACUCGACUCCAAUCUCUCACAGUUUUAAAAGGUCUUCGCGUCUACUGACACACAAUGUCGCGAUACUUCCCUCAUCCUGAAUACGCAGAGGACCAACCAUUGGCCCGGACUAUUCUCACAACCCAUGUUGAAACUCGGGCCAUCACCACAGGUGCAAUCAUCGGGGCUGGUAUGGAGGCUUUCCGGCAGAUGCGCAAGGCCCCCGUACCAAACACACUGGAAGCUCCCCGUUCUCAAGUGUUUUUCCGGGCGGUCGGCAAAAGCACGCUGUGGACGAUAGGCAUUGUCUCGGCCGGCCUCGUCGGCCGGAUGUGGGGAAGAGACGAGGUCGAGUGGAAAGAUCGCUCCUGGCGAUUGCUCGAGAGCAAGGGCCAGCUGGAGACGGAUGAUUGGAGUUAUGGGGGAAUGCUUGCGGGACUCGCUGCAACAGCACUCCUCAAGCGCCCAGCAGGCUGGGUUGCUACUAUAGGAUCUGUCGGCAUCGGCAGUGCCAUGGGCGUGAUAGGGUAUAUGGGUUGGAGAUAUGGGCUACACGGUGGGAAAUUUCCAAGCUCGGAAUGAAGCAGUAUUUUGUUGCAGACAUAUUCACGUGAGCGAACCUCAACUCCUGCAUAAUUAUGUGAGCUGGUUGAUAACCACAUCCCAUUCACUGACAUAACCGCAAAGGGCUUUCUUCAAUGUAUAAAUAAUAGAGGUGACAUUAGCUGUUGUCAUAGCAGGUCUAAUUUGGCGAUACCCAACGAAUAGAU